AGGAGACCCGAGCUGCGCUGAGCGAGAGCGAAACACAGCAGACUGACUGGAGCAGAAAGGCCUGAAAGGAAGCUAAGCUAACGAUGCUAAUGAAUGUAAUGGACAGCAGGGCUCAAGUUGCUCUCCAGUGACUGAGCGCUUUAUAAUGCGGUAUAGAGUAAGGCUUGGGCAGCCCAGGAUAUGGGGCUGGCUACUGCUGUUGUCCUGCUGCCUGCUUGGUGUCCAGUCACACGGGAGCCAGCAUGAGCAAGCAGCUGGGUCACCACAAGCAGGAGAUGCCUACCCUCCCAUCACCCGCCUGGACAGGAACAUGGUCCAGGACAAAGACCACAUCAUGGAACAUUUGGAAGGAGUCAUCGAGAAGCCAGAGGCAGAUAUGACCCCACAAGAACUGCAGCUUCAUUAUUUCAAAAUGCAUGACUACGAUGGCAACAACCUGUUGGAUGGGCUUGAGCUUGCCACUGCCAUUACACAUGUACAUAAAGAGGAAAAAGGUGAGAACAGCCAGCCAAUGAAAGAGGAGGAGCUCAUCCGCCUCAUUGAUGAGGUCCUCAGAGAUGAUGACAAAAACAACGACGGCUACAUUGACUAUGCCGAGUUUGCGCGGUCCCUCGAAUAAAGCACAGAGUGCCUACCGCCUUACUGUGAGCUCCAUUUACCUCUGAUUUACAAAUGGAAUGCUGUUGUUUUAUGUUUAUACUUCUCACAUUUGCAAGAUAGCCUGCAUUGCUUCUCAGAUUGAGCCCUGGAGGACCACAGCCUUGCACAGGUUAGUCUUUCACCUGUCCCAACUCAUGCACUUGACCUCAUGAAGCACUUCAUGGUGAUCCAGCAGUAAACUUUGCGAUGGUGUGAUCCUCCAGGCCUGAAUCUGAGCAGUCUGGGCCUACCUACUGUCCAUACUUCAGCCCAUCAGUAUUAAGAUGGGAAGAAAUGAUACGGGUUGUAGUGUGUGUGUGUGUUUAAAAGACAGUACAGUGUUUUUGUAAUGUCAAGCAUUCCUCUUUUUGUCGCCCCCUAAUGCAUAAACUGCCAAACUUGUCUGCCUGUAAAUGAACAUCCUCCUUUAUAUUGCUGUAAUGUGUUUUGCAGCAAGGUUCUCAUGUAAAAUAAUGGGACAAUUCGGCAUCUGUGGUUUGUUUUAUGAAAAAGCUGUAAUUCUGCCUUACAGAGAAAAUGCUGAUGUAGGUAGGAAGUUACUCACUUUACCAGCUUGGUUUAAGAUCAGUUUAUACAUUCCUGGAAUUUGUCUAGUCUUUGUCUUUGGCAUGAGAUGCUGAUUAUAGAUCGACUCACGUGGGUAACUUUUACCUAUUUUCAGUAUACUGUAAACUGUGUAUUGUGCCUAUGAGAGUUCACUGUUCCUCGAAAGUCCUCAUGUUUUAUCCUGACUUCACUGUGGUUAACCACUGGCUGAUGCUGAUUUGUGUUCUCUGUUUGAUGUAUGCUUGGUUAUCAUACUUAUCACAUUUCUCAGCUGAGUGCUAAUGUAAGAUCAGUGCUUGUCUUUGGUUUGAGGCCCAUGAUAAGUUUAUAUACGAUCUAGAUACAUUUGCCUACCCUGGUGGUCUGGGCAGCGUGUUCCAGUCCCAGUCCCAGUCUUUUUUCAUACUGGUGCUGCUGCAUGCUGAAGUGAUUAUUUCUACUGCAGAGGGAUCUCUUGGAAAGAGAAAUACUCUCGAAUGUAUGCAAUAAGUCUAAUGAUUCUCAUUAUGAGGUUGGUGUAUGAUUAUCGUAAGGUCAUUCAACCUGUUUUAAACAUUUUUACUUAUGUAGAGUGAUAUUUGUCUUACUACACCAGCAAGUAAUUGUGUUUGAAACAACUGCUUAAAGGAAAUAAGUUGAAAAAUCUUGUGAUGUUCUUAGAACAAUCUCUUAUUGAUGUAUAUCAAAUGCAUUGCCUGCAUUUUAUGCUUUCACUUGCUACAGUAUUCCAACUUUUUGCAUAUUGUUUAAUGCAGCAGACCCUAAAAUUAGGCAUGUGGGGGGCCUUGAGAACUUGUGUAGCUCAGCAGAAUCCCAAAACUAAGACUAGGAAAUGCGAACACAGGAUUUUACCGUCUUAAUAAUCACCAGCUAUGGGUGAUGAAGUGACAUUUUAUAGGCUGCUUGAUCUUUCAUUUACAUCAGAGGUUGAAUGUAGGCCAAAACUGUCAAUGUUCAUUUGUUACAUGAUCUCAGCUUGACUUGCUGAAAACACAGGCUAAUUUAUUUCUAGCAAAUUAUUUGUCAUUUCAUGUUAAAUAUGAAAGAUGUGUAAUUACUAAUGUAUAUGUCAUAUUUUUGAAAUCUAGUUAUCUAUGAACCCACAUAUUCUUACAGAUUACUAAUGUAAAGGAAGCCCUGUGUGGCUCAUCUGUUAAAACGGGACAUUCAGAAUGUAAACCGGACCCUGUAAAGAUGUUCUGUAUUCAGAGUGUGAUGCUCAUGCAUUUGUGGAUGAAGUAAAAAUAAAUGGAUUAUUUUUGUGUUAGAAA